CGAGCAGUGUCGUUUCGUGUUGUACGUGAGCUUCUCCCUCAUCGUACUUGUUAUAUUUAUUAUUAAGGAUAACAUUAUUGUUAGGCGUGAUAUUGUAAUCAUGUUUUGUAUAGUGGACACCGUACCAGUGUUUAGUAAUAAGAAAAUGCUUGCUUUUCAAUAACCUUCAAUUGUUUAGGGGAUCCCCUGGUGCUCGCAAUGGUGAAUAGCGGGUCCUUCGACUCAGACGUGGAUCGAAAUGAGAAAGACGGCUUUACGCAGCUAAAUCAUAUCGUAGAAACUCCACAAUCGGUCGUUUCGAUUCACGCGGUAAGCGGAAGUCUGUGUGAAAAUGACUUCACAACGCAAACAGCUGAUAGCUUACCAGUCUCGCAAGCUAUCGAACCGACUGCAACCAAAACAGAAUUUAAGUGCAAUAUGUCGGCAGAAUUUGUCCGCGUGCGUGAUACGAAUGUCGAAGGAACAAAGGAAAUGCGUGGCAAAAUAGAAAUACAACAGAAGAAUAAAAAAGUCGCCGAACAAAUUGUAAAAAUGAGAUGUUUGAGGAAUUUUAAGGUCGAAGGGAAACCGAGCAUUUGCUGUAGUGUGCCAUUAGAUAGAAUUCCCGAUGUAUUAAAAGUUUGUAGUUCAUUAAUUGCAGCUAAAACGGCCGUCACUGUUGGCGAAAAAUCGAAAGAGGUGAUGAAAAAUAAGGAAAUGUGCCUCUAUUGCGAUCGCACCUUCAUCAUCCCCGCAAUGAAACAGAAGCACAUGAAUCGAUUCCAUUCCUUAAAAUUAAGUAAAUUUCGAAAUUUGCCGAAUGUGCGAAGAUCUUUAAUUAAAUGUUGGUUUUGCGACUUAAAUACCGAAAAAUUCGAACUGAAACAACUAUUCGCGCAUUUCGUUACGGAACAUUCGGAAAAAUACUUCGGUUGUUUAGAAUGCGAAAUUAGAUUUCCCACCUUCCACGCGAUUGAAUCCCACAACACCUUGAUGCAUAGCACCGUUUCCCCACUAAGAGUUUCAACGGAACCGGUGAUUACCUCUGAACUCAAAACGGGUACGCACGAAGAUACAACGAAAACACCAUCUGAAAAGGUAGAACCACCACUAGCCAAAACAAAAACAGAAAAUAAAAGAAACAUUAAAGCAAAUAAUCAAAAUUCCUUAAAUUAUUUAAAUAGUGAUACAGUAAAAACCAGAAGAAAGUGCCAGUCUAAAUAUCUUAGUUAUAACAAAAACGGCAACUCCAACUCACAGUUACCUGACUCAUUAGAAGACUCUCAAAAAACGAAUAAUAGUAAAAUUAAAUCUAAAACGAAAUUAGUAAAAGAACUGCGAAAUAAAAAGCUAUCGGUAAUUAGCACGAAAAUGGGAAUGAAGCACUGCCUACGAAUCACUAGGCAACGCAGUAAAAUACUAGAAAAUGCGAAAAACAGCAAGAAAAGAAUCGCGCCGCCAACGCAAAAACCUCAAUCGAACCUCACUACCAAAUACAUUACGUACCCAAAUAGCUGUUCCCCUUACGACAUAUCCUAUCGAGUAAAAAAGAUAACGGACCAUUCGAUAGAUAACUUACGGAUAAGUUCAUUAACUUUUGACGACGUUUUCGAUAAGGCGUUUUUUAAUCGGGUCAAAUGCAAUAUCCAAGAGAAUCUGCUGAACUUCGUCGAUGGGAAGGUAUUCAAAAGUGUCGAAUCGGAAAAUCGCAUUUCGAGCUUUCAGAAGAGGGAGGACUCGCCGCCGGAGGAGGGAAACAGCAAUUGCGGGUACGCCAUGACCUCCACCCCCGUCGUGCUAAUCGAAGCGAAUAUCAUUGACGAUCUGGAGUCGCAAUUUGAUUCGAAAUCGAAAAAGAAAGGGAGCGCGUCCGCCGACGAAAUUCUUCCAUUCAAGUACUUCACGCGCAGAAAGUACCAAGCGGUCAUUUCGGAGAGGAAGGGCAACAAGGACCUGUCAAAGCUUGAUAUGUGGACGCAGUUAGUGAUGAAGAACAGGCAACAGAAGAUUUUGAGCGAUCAAAAAACCGACAAGGAAAUGGUGGAAUACAAGAAGAGCGACGAGUACAAGACGAAAGUGCAGUUGGAGGAACUGAACGGGAUUUUAGACAAGCGCGGGCCGCUUGAAGAUCUAAGGGAGGAAGCUAUGCGAACGGUUGCGUUGGAGAAACUAAAUUCCGUUCCUGCCGAAAAGAAUGUGGAAAGCUACCUGGAUGUUACCAUAAUUCUGAACGAUCUGCUAAAUAAUUUAUUUCCAAAGGAUACGUCCUCGACUGAUUUGCCGUUAAGUGAUAGUGUUCGUAAUCAAGCAAUUAUACCGGAAAAUAAGCUUCAGGCUGAAGAAAUGCUGAACGUGUUCAACUUGCAACGGAUUUCGUACGUGCCUCAGCGUGUGGAAGAUGGCGAGACUGCAAUGACCGAAUUGACCGGGGAGUGGGCGCGCACGAGGAUAUAUGUGUGUGCGGCGUGCGGACUGAAAUUGCCCAACGCAAAAUUACUAGUGGACCAUAAAAAUUUGUUUCACGUAAACGUGUGGUGCCAGCAUUACGAAUUUGUCGGGAAUCAGGGUGAAUUGUAUAGACAUUUAAGUAUUCCGGGUUUGGGGAAAAUCGGUGCAAUUGAAGAUAAAUUAGUGAACGAUAUUUGGAGAAGGAGUGACGCUAGGGUGUGUAGUAAGUGCAAUAAACGGUUCAAUUGUUUAGGAGAUUUACAUAGACACAUGUUGGAGUGUGGUGGUGACUUGGCGUGGAUGUUAGAAAGAAAGAAGUACAAAUACCGUCCAUACGGAUCAAAAACUAGAAAGAAGAGGCGCGGUUUAUUGCGGUUACUUCAUGCAUUCCGAAAUCAUACAAGGGAGAAAAGAAAAAAGACAAUUAAAAAGUUCACCGGCCCUCGUCAAAAACCUAGUGAUGCUGAUACCAUACAGCGUAUGCUAGCGAAUUUACCAGCAAAAAGAACGACAAGAAAAGUAAUUUCUCUUAAAGAUGGAUUUCCAAGGACCGUAUUAACUAAGAAGUUAGUUAAUGCAAACUCCCAACCAAUACAAAAAGAAGUGAAGACCGUGGUCAAGAAUGUGAAAAAGAAUUCGAACAUAAACAGAACAAGAAGACUGUUGCGUUCAAACAGUUCGAUUUUAUUAGAAAACAAUUUACUAUUACCAAAGUUUAAAAGAAAAAAGAACGAAAAUCACAUUAUUCAAAGGUGCUCUUUGAGAACAAACAAAAGUAUACAGAAGAGGUUUCUAACCAAGAAUCCCAUUGUCUCUACCUGUAAACUAUCGGACGAAUUGAUUAAAACUCUCACUCGAAAUGAUCAGGGAUCAUCAGAAACAGGAAGUAGUGAUGAUGGUACAUCGGAAGAUCAAGUUGAAAGUAACAUUCCACAAAAUGCCGACGGUAGUCCAAUUAAAGAUACUGUACCAGUGAAUGAUAAAUUAAAUGUACAAGUAGAAGUAGAACAAGACGGUGGAAAAUCGCUUAGGAGAAAGAAACAGAAAAAUAAGGUACAAUCGAAAGUUGUAAGGAAAAAAGUUUCCGAAAUUAAAGGCAAAAAAAACUUUAGCGAUAUGAGUAACAUUCGAAAAUUACGCUAUCGAAGCGCGAAAAUUUUACCAACAGUUUCCUCUCAAAAAUUUCGACCCAAAAUUAAGAAAAAGACAAAGAGGAAUUUUGUUAAAAAGAGCGUGACUGAAAUUAUUCAAGUUGAUGGAUGCUCGCAAAGUAAAUCCUUCUCUAAGAGUGAUAUCGACAGCAAGGAAUGUGAUAUAUCUUCAAAUUUAGUGGUUACUGUAACCAACAUUAAUCCACCAGCGCAAAGUAGUGAUAAUACUUUGCAACUAUCUACUUCAGAGGUUGAACCUAAUUUGGAUGAAAAUAAGUUAGAACCGUCCAACCUAGAAAAUGAUAAAAUGCCAACAGAAGAUAAUUUACCAGUACCCAUUAUAGCUCCAUUUGAAACUAAGAUUGUCGAAGCCACACCUGCACCGCAACCACCCAAACGAAUUAAGAAACUAAGGGGUUUGAACGAUUGCAUCGCUAUGUUAACCAACAAAUUACAUGACAAAAACUUUGACUCUAAUGGUAGCAACGCCCUGGAGAAUUUCUGUAGUAAAACCAUUCACUCAAUAUUGAACAACGCAACGGGAGGCGUGCAAGUCGAGUCCAACAAUGCUCCAGUAACUGUGCAACAAAGUGAAGAACAUAAAGAACCUGCCCCAUUAAUCGAUCAAGUGAUGUUGAAUAUUUCCAUUGAGAAUAAAGUCGUGGAGACUCAACGCUCGGUACUAACAGAAUCGGUCACCUAUGAAGAUUUCUAUUGUAUACCUGAUAAACCAGCAAAAGUUAAACAUAAGAGACGAAAAACUCGGAAGAAAGAGUUGAAGACUAUUCCUGAAAUUGUCAAUGAUAAAUUGCAAGAAAAUAAUCCGGAAUUCAACAGGAAUUGUUGCAUAGAGAAUCAGUUAAAUUUGGAAAAGGAGCAGGUGUGCAGCGAUAGCGAUAAAUUUUCAAACAGCGAAAAGGAGAAUACUUUCAGUGAUCACUUACACAAAGUCCCAAAGACGAAGAAGACAAGGCGGAAGUAUGAGAGGGUCAUUCAAUUGACGCUCCCGACACAAGUAGAAUCUCCGACUUCGAUUGUAGACAGUCAUAUCAUUGACGUUAUCAACGCGGUAGCUACCAAUGAACUUGUUGAUUCGGAAGAUGAGGUCCCACUAGCGCAAUUGAUAAAAAAAUAUGACGUGCAACAAAUUGAAGAAACCUGCACAUCAGAUCACGGUGAAGUUAUGAAUUUGGUAAACACAGAUCCUUCCCCAAUUGCGAAUGAAGAGGUGGCUGUAUCCGAACAAGUGGAGAAUGAAGAACCGAAAGAUAGUGCAGAAAAUGUUGAUCUUCACCAAGCAAUGGAACUUUUCAAGGAUUCGAAUAAUGAAAUUGAAUCCAAUGAAGCACCGCCCGAUUGCACAGAUACUUCAGCUUCUGAGAAGUUGGCAAACGAAGCACAAGAGACGGUUGUAACCGCCGAGACCCCACUGUUGGAUAAUGUUCAAGAAAAAAUCCCCAAACCCGGCACAGCUAAAUCAAAGCGAAAAAAGAAAGUCGUGCGGAAAACCAAAGUGAAGGUGAUGAGCAAACCAAGCGAGGUGGAGAAUGCAUAUUGUGAUAUUUGUAAUAAAACAUUUCGGAGAAGCGAGAAUUUACUCAAACACAAACGUACACUAACACACAUUGCGAAACUUUCAGAACUAGAAGCCUUGGAGAUGGCAACGAAUUCGAAAAAACUUGAUGAGCCGAUAGUGAUAGAAGAAUAUAAUGUGAUGAACGAGGAGCAAAUGAGUUACGAAAAUAUUGGAUCGGUAACAUGCGAUGCUUAUCCACAGAGUGAAGUAUCUGCCACUUUUGAUUUGGGGUCGCCUCCCGAAACACUAAAGUUGGUCGAUAUAAUAAAUGAUGUUCUAAGCAAACCAGUCGACACUGAAUACGUUGAGCAUAGAAAUUUCUCAAAUUUAGUGUUGCAAUCGGAUCCCGAAAUAAAGCGUUGCAAAAGUUUAGGGGAACGUAAGAGUUUUGACUGUGAUAAAUUGCAAACUGUCGAUACUACGUCUUUGCCUACCAUCGAAGAUGAUUUUGAAGAUGCAAAGAUUUCGAACACUGCCGCUGACGUAAUUGUAGAAAAGCAGAUAUCCUUACUAGAAAAUAUGAUUGAAGAUAAUAGGAAGUCGGCCGAAUUCGUCUCGUCCGAUUUACCGGAAUAUUCCUGCGAAAGUAACUCCUCGACGUUUAGUAUUCUCAGUGAUCAUAAACCCGAAGACUCGAACGAAAUUACGUUUACUCACAACACAAAUAUUAUCGCUAAAUUAAUCAAGCCCACGACUGACGAUGUCGUGAUUCCAUCAGCUCACUACGAACAAAUUUCCGAUGAUAGCAAUUCUAGUCAUUUUCCAAUUGAAGAACAGAAAUCUCGCAAAGUGCUAAAUAGGGACGAGGAGUUAUUUUUGGAAUGCUGUAGUUUACUGAAGAGCAGUUCAGAUGUAUCCGAUCUCUGCAGAAAAUCCGUAAAGCCUGCGAAAUUCUUCAAUAACUUCGGCUUAAAACCAGUCGACGAACUUGAAUGGAUGGAACAAAAACAGAUACCCAUCGCUGGUACGCUUUUAGACCACACAACUGCAACACCACUAAAUCUUACUCACUCGAAUACCCCCGUUUGUGAUACUUUCUACAGUGAUGUGACGUUUUCAAACACUGACAAUUCAAACUCGAAAAUCUUUUUGGAAAAGAGUGAUAACAAUUUCUUUACGCAACCACCAAUGUUUGAAGAUAUUUCUACCGAAAGCGAUGACUCGUCAAGGAAAUCGAUGACUAACUCAAAAUCGGUUGCGACGGCUUCCGCAGAAUAUAACGGUAACGCGAAUUUCGGUAACGAAGAUCGAUCUAGUCCAAAUGUUGAAAGUGCCCAAAUUCCGUGCGAAGAUAGUGAUCAGAUAGAAGUUGAGUGUGACAAUGUACGAAUUGUUGAGAAUCAACGGCAAAAUGAAGAAGAAGCUUUGCAACCAGUAGAAAUUCAAGAUGAUGUCAAAUCACCCUCUCCAACGCCAUUGCAAAAAAGCGAGGGAGUUAAAAUAAUUCAAUCAAAUAUAACAGAUUAUGUAGUAACAAAAAAUGUUAAAAAACAUGAGAAUAAGAAAUUGCUUACUAAAGGCGCUUUAAAGGUAUUCGAGGGCCUUAAGGUUUCCAUUCCGAAAGGCGAUCUAGAUAUGAAAGAGGUACUAAGCUGUAGCCCUACGUCAAAACGCUUAGAAAUUGAAGCCGAGCAAGACAAAAUAGCGGAAAAGAAAUCUCACACGAGAAAAGACUUCAUCAAUCGGAAUUUCAUUUUUAAUAACAUACUUAAGAACGGUAAAAAAGUAAACAACAAAUUAGGAUUGAAGGUCACAAAGAAAAGGUAUAAUGCACAAAAGCAUGCGAAAGUUAUUAAAGCGAGUCACGAUAAAAAGUCUCAUGACGUUUACGACUUUGAGGAGACGCAGGACAGCGUAGAUAUGUUUAUGAAAAAUUCCGAUUCUCUGCCAGAUUAUCACAGUUUUAAAAAUAAAAUAUCGUGCAAGCUGGGUCUUGCGGAGGAUGUCGACGAAAACGAGUCAACAUUACCGAAAAGUAAAGAGGAUAUGAAAAAAACCACUCUAAACAAUUCCAAUUUACCGCCGUCGAGAAAAUUGAAAAUGAAUAAAACGAUUACAAAGAAGAAAUGUAUGAUAAUGGGACGAAUUUUUAAGAAUGCUCUCAAGCCGAAAGCCGCAGACGAAAUGAAAAACAUUCCCGCCAUUGAUAAUUCGAAAAUCGUCGAGAAUUUCGUUAUGGAUUGUCACAAUUUACAGAACACUAGUCAAACGAAACACAAACUAACAGAGGAGGAGAUGAAUUUAUUGUUCGACAGUUUAUUAAACGAAGAUAAUUGUAACGGCGCAAGUAAAGAGACUCUUAAAAAUGAUCAUACCGCUGAAGUGAAAAGUGUCGAUACGAAACCUAAAUCGAAAGCUAACCGGCCGAAGAAAAGGCAGAGGGCACAUUCGUCGGAUUCGUCAGACGAAGAGUUCAGCAUUAAAAAAUCGUCCAAAAAGCAAGUAAAUAGAAAAUCUAGUAAUAACGACUGUGUUAUCAAUCUCGAACAGGAAUUAAAGGAGUGCAUCGGGGUUGCGAGUAGAAAAAGUCAGCGCAAAUGUACUAGUGGGAAACAAAACGUUUUGGUCGAGUAUUGGAGUUCCGACGAGUCUAAUUUCGAUUACGAAAGCGUUACCAUGUUGGAUAAUGUUAUCAAUACUAACCCCGUAGAAGACGUCCCGGCGAAUCCAUUUACACAAAUCAUAACUAGCGCAAUAGACGCUACUGAAAUGGACGAGGGAAAUCACUUGGAUGAUUUAUCGGUCAAAGAAGAUGCAGACGACAAAUCCAAAGAAAUGAAGAAGCGAUGUUUUAAAACAAAACACUUCCGAAAGAAGAGCGCCAUCGCGACCGAUAAAACGAUAGAAGGGCGCGAUUCGGUGACAAUAGCGUCUACCCGACAGAAACGUAACGCCGCCGACACAUUGUACUAUUGGUCAAGCUCGAGCGAGGACGAAAUGCAAGACAUCAUCGAAGUGAAACCAUUACGGGACGACGGCGAAGAUGAUGAUAGGCCGACGCAGCAAGGGUGGAUCGUUGGCGAUUCGCCGAAAAAGUUAGUUACAAUGUUAGCACAGGCUAAAGGUAAAAAACUCGAUGUAGAAUAUGUUAAAAAAAAUCGCAAAAAAAGAACUACUCUAUAAUAAUUAUUAAAUAUUGUGUUCAUAAAUCAUGCGUGUCUGUAGUGUGAGUCGUAAUCAAUUUAUAAAACACACCAAAUGUUAUAUUGUGCCACAAAAGUAAACGUGAUAAAUUAUGCGUACAAACAAAAAAGGGAAUAAAUAUUGUGUUAUAAUGAAUGAAUGUCGGUUGCUCUUUUAAAUGGAGAAGUUUUGUUUGUAGUUUAAAGAAGCAUUUACAGAUAUAGAUAAAGCUACUAGUGAUGUUUAUUGGUAAGGCAGUGUAUCGCUGCACCUGCACAUACGGUUGUAGGUUAUAAAUUUUAUCACAUUGAUAAUUAUUUCUAUAAACUGUAAGUAAUUGAAUUUGUAACUAGUAAUCUAUAAUAAUUAUAAUUGUAGUCAUUGUUCUUCCCAUACUCAAAUUAAGUAAUUUGGCAUAUGGAAUUCGACUGUUUAUUUACAAAAAGCGUACAUUUUAUUUUCAUUUUAUUUAUACAUAUAUAUUUAUUGUUAUUAAUACUACCGAAUGGUUGUUAUUUCCAAAAAUU